AUGGCAAAUUCGGCAUCCGGGAUUGCGGUGAGUGACGAGUGCAAGAUGAAAUUCUUGGAGCUGAAGGCGAAGAGGAACCAUAGAUACAUCGUGUUCAAGAUUGAUGACGUCAUGCAGCAAGUCACGGUCGAGAAAGCAGGCACAGCUUCCGAGACUUAUGAGGAUUUUGCUGGGAGCCUUCCGGAAGGUGAUUGCCGAUACGCGGUCUUCGACUAUGAUUUCACCACAGAUGAAAAUUGCCACAAGAGCAAGAUCUUCUUCAUUGCGUGGUCACCUGACACGGCAAAGGUGAGGACCAAAAUGCUGUACGCAAGCUCGAAAGACAGGUUCAAGAGAGAGCUUGAUGGCAUUCAGGUCGAGUUACAGGCGACCGAUCCUAGUGAGAUGAGCUGGGAUACCCUUAAAGCUAGAGCUUAUUGA